CUUCCCCGGCGCUGCGCAGAUGGACGCCACGAGCGCGUCAUGUUUGACAAGAUCACGUCCCGCAUCCAGAAGCUCUGCUACGGGCUCAAUGCCGACUUUGUCGAUCCUGCUCAGAUCACCAUGAAAGUGAUCCAAGGUCUUUACAGCGGUGUUACCACAGUAGAGCUGGAUACACUGGCUGCGGAGACGGCUGCGACCCUGACUACCAAACACCCCGACUAUGCCAUCCUGGCAGCAAGGAUCGCAGUCUCCAACUUGCACAAAGAAACCAAGAAAGUGUUCAGUGAUGUGAUGGAUGAUCUAUACAACUAUAUAAACCCUCACAAUGGCAAGCACUCCCCAAUGAUCUCCAAGGAAACGCUAGACAUAGUCUUGGCCAACAAAGAUCGCCUGAACUCUGCUAUCAUCUACGACAGAGAUUUCUCCUACAACUACUUUGGCUUUAAGACUCUCGAACGCUCCUAUCUGCUGAAAAUCAAUUCAAAAGUUGCAGAGCGUCCCCAGCACAUGCUAAUGAGGGUCUCUGUGGGCAUCCACAAAAACGACAUUGAUGCCUCAAUUGAAACCUACAAUCUCUUGUCUGAAAAGUGGUUUACCCACGCCUCUCCCACUUUAUUCAACGCGGGCACCAACCGGCCUCAGCUCUCCAGCUGUUUUCUGCUGUGCAUGAAGGACGACAGUAUUGAGGGAAUCUAUGACACCUUGAAGCAUUGUGCGCUGAUUUCCAAGUCAGCAGGGGGAAUUGGCCUGGCAGUGAGCUGCAUCCGCGCCACUGGCAGCUACAUUGCGGGGACCAAUGGGAAUUCCAAUGGGCUGGUCCCAAUGCUGAGAGUCUACAACAACACUGCCCGCUAUGUGGAUCAAGGUGGUAACAAGAGACCUGGGGCCUUUGCCAUUUACCUGGAGCCGUGGCACUUGGACAUCUUUGAGUUUCUCGAUUUGAAGAAGAACACCGGGAAGGAGGAGCAGCGAGCUAGGGACCUCUUCUUUGCCCUCUGGAUUCCUGAUCUCUUCAUGAAACGGGUCGAGACCAACCAAGAUUGGUCUCUGAUGUGUCCCAACGAGUGCCCUGGCUUGGAUGAGGUCUGGGGAGAGGAGUUUGAGAAACUGUAUGAGAGGUAUGAGAAGGAGAACCGUGUGCGCAGGGUGGUGAAAGCCCAGCAGCUCUGGUAUGCCAUCAUUGAGUCCCAGACUGAGACCGGUACCCCUUACAUGCUGUAUAAGGACUCUUGUAACCGGAAGAGCAACCAGCAGAACCUGGGCACCAUCAAGUGCAGCAACCUGUGCACGGAAAUAGUGGAGUACACCAGCAAAGAUGAGGUUGCAGUUUGUAACUUGGCCUCCAUAGCCCUGAACAUGUAUGUCACCCCAGAGCACACCUAUGACUUCAAGAAGCUGGCCGAGGUCACUAAAGUCAUCGUCCGGAACUUGAACAAAAUCAUCGACAUUAACUACUACCCUGUGCCGGAGGCUGAGCGCUCCAAUAUGCGCCACCGCCCCAUCGGCAUCGGUGUGCAAGGCCUGGCGGACGCCUUCAUCCUGAUGAGAUACCCCUUUGAGAGUCCCGAGGCCCAGCUCCUGAACCAGCAGAUCUUUGAGACCAUUUACUACGGCGCUUUGGAGGCCAGCUGCGAGCUCGCCAAAGAGCAAGGGCCAUAUGAGACAUACGAGGGCUGUCCCGUCAGCAAAGGAAUCCUACAGUACGACAUGUGGAACGUCAUCCCUACCGACCUGUGGGACUGGAAGUCCUUGAAGGAGAAGAUUGCCAAGUAUGGUGUUAGGAACAGCCUCCUCCUUUCUCCAAUGCCAACUGCUUCCACGGCUCAGAUUUUGGGCAAUAAUGAAUCCAUCGAGCCCUAUACCAGUAACAUCUACACACGCCGAGUCCUCUCAGGAGAGUUUCAGAUUGUGAAUCCACACUUGCUAAAAGACCUGACAGAGAGGGGCCUCUGGAACGAGGAGAUGAAAAACCAAAUCAUCGCUCACAACGGCUCCAUUCAGAAUAUCCCAGAGAUCCCCGUGGACUUGAAGCAGCUCUAUAAAACUGUGUGGGAAAUCUCCCAGAAAACCAUCCUUAAGAUGGCAGCCGACCGUGGAGCAUUCAUCGACCAGAGCCAGUCCCUCAACAUCCACAUUGCGGAGCCCAACUACGGCAAGCUCACCAGCAUGCACUUCUAUGGCUGGAAGCAGGGCCUGAAGACCGGCAUGUACUACUUAAGGACGAAGCCGGCUGCCAACCCCAUCCAGUUCACCCUCAACAAGGAGAAGCUCAAAGAGAAAGAGAAGACCUCCAGAGAAGAAGAGGUGAAGGAGAGGAACAAAGCUGCCAUGGUGUGCUCGCUGGAGAACCGAGACGAGUGCAUGAUGUGCGGCUCCUAAAAGGCCAGCCAUGUGGGGCCAGCAAGUUGCUCCCUUUGGCUUACUUUCUCCUAGGAUAGAUAGGUCUAGCUUUACUCUGAGGUGGAGCGUCUUGCUGGAGCUGUGGCUGGAGGUGGUCAGGGAGGAGUGUGCUGUUGCUUUCCCCUGCCUGCAGGCUGCAUAUGAAGUUUGUCUAUCGCUUUUGCAGCUGGGUAUCCCAGGAACCUAGUGCUCUUACACGGUCUCGCCUUUUCCGCUCUAGCUAGGAUUGUCCUCAGCAGACAGAAAACGUGUCACUGCCUGCUCCCUUCCCGGUCAGUGCUGUGGACUUCAGACCGUUGUUCUGGUUUUCCUGGAGUUCUGUUACUGUGCUUUUGGUAGGGGAGCAGAUCCUGACGGGUGAAUUUCUUUUGUUGCAGUAAAGCGACAGCGAGGGAAAUAGCCUAGCUUGGGUGUAUUCCCUGCUUGGUGCUCUCUCUGCCUUGGUGAAAGGGCUAUUCUGUCAGGCUGUGGAAGGAUGGAGGAGCGAGACAGGGUGCAGACGGGCAAGGUGGAUGAGCUGCCUGCAGACUUCACCAGCCCCUUCCAGCCUGACAGAGCUCUGCACUUGCAGAGGUCAUCCCCCCACCCCACCAGGAAACAGCAAGGCUGUGACUUUGUGUCUAGGUCUGUAUCCAGACCCGGCUUUACUGGGCUGUUUCCUUGAAACUGGCUGAUACGUUCUGGACUCACAAACCUUUCUGGCUCACGCCCUCCAUCUGCUUCGAGAGCUGAGCUUGUCUGCCUAGGACAGGGGCUCUAUCUUUUCUGAACUGUUUUUACCUUCUCGUAUCCUGAACUCCUCUCACUGAUAUAGCUGGACUCCCAGUUCUCAACUAUUUAUUGACUCCAUGUACCACACACAUAAUUAACCCUUUCAACCAGCUGAUGACAAUAAAGUGUAGAGUGUAAA